UUGAUAUGGCGCGUUUUUGUCCAUAGAUAAUCUAGAGCUUAUAAGGGAACUUUUUAAAUGUAAAAACGCAAUGCGACAUAGGACGUUCCGUUCUACGGAGAGGGAACCAUGCGCAAAGCAUUCGGGUUGUCGCUGCGACCGCCGGAGGCCGUGUCGCUGGAGCUUUACUCUCGCGCGAGCGUAUUUAAAAAAAUUCGACGCGAUGUGAUUCGAAAUACGGACCGCGCGAUUGUGCUUGGAAUUUAAAAAAUUAAAUUGGGAAGUGACGUGAGUGGAUUUGAAGUUUUUGAAAUUGGAAUUAAGUGUUUGAGAAGUGUCGGAGAUUUGAGUGUUUGUUGUGUUCUAGACCGGAUUUCCUGUUGGCAUCUGAAGUGUUUUGUUUGCUGAAAUUGGAUAUAGUGCAGCAAAGUGAGGUAUCGACUGGGAUUCAAGGAAUGGGCUAUAAAUGUGUAACGCAGUAAUGCAAGAGCGAGGAUACCCCUGACGGCGACAUGGCGAAUUGUUGCAUAGUGCUGACCAUACUGUGUGCCUCACUGAUAUCAGGGGGCAGCACGCACAGACAUGGCCACGAUAUUUCAACAGAGGACCCGGACCUCAGCGAGCAUGACAACUCUACACACCAUGGCAAGGACCGCGGAGGCUGGUCGCAAUGGAGCGAAUGGUCGCUCUGCUCGCGAACGUGCGACGGCGGCGUGUCGCGACAGCUGCGAACAUGUUCGUCGCCGGUCGGCUGUCGCGGCGAGCCCGUGCGGUACAAGAUUUGCAAUAUGCAGCCUUGCCGCGGCAAUGUGUCCCUGCUAGAAGAGGACAUAUGGCGGGAGCAGCAAUGCGCAGCACACGACAGCACCGCUUACGGCGGCGAGCUGUUUCACUGGCGCGCGCACCGAGAUGACGCUGAGCCGUGUGCCCUUACCUGCCGCGGGGAACCACAACAUGCACUUCAGACUGAACCGAGUGCGUCCCUUGACGAGGAUGACCGCGUCGUUGUGGCAGUUCUGGCGGCACGAGUGUCCGACGGCACGAGGUGUCGGCCCGGCAGCUUGGAUAUGUGCAUCGACGGCCGCUGCCAGCGCGUCGGCUGCGACCUGCGCGUGGGCAGUACGCGCCGCGUCGACGAGUGCGGCGUCUGCGGCGGCGACGGAUCCUCCUGCUCAAGGCCACGGUACCACUGGCUCGCUACCCCGGGAUCCCUAUGCUCUGCGACGUGUGGUGGAGGCUAUAAGAUGUCGCUAGCGGUCUGCCGCGAUCGGUUAACGGGGUCAGAUGCGCCAGAGCAGCUGUGUGACGCUUCAAGCAAGCCCCAGGCGUCCAUCGUUCCGUGUAACACACAUCCGUGCCCGUUCAAGUGGUACGUUGGGGAAUGGUCAUCGUGCAGCGUGACUUGCGGCGGCGGUGUGCGCUCGCGACGCGUCCUGUGCGCACGCUCCGCCAACAUGACCAGAGCGGACACGUAUGAACCUGGUUCGAGUCCAGACCCUGGUUGCGUGUCGCCAGCGCCUCGUUCAACCCAGCCUUGCAACACUGAGGACUGUCCUGUCUGGGUCGAAGGGCCAUGGUCAGGGUGCUCAGUAUCCUGCGGCGAAGGCAUCCAGGUUCGAGGUGUCGAGUGCACGCCAUCUGGCGGCGGCUGCGACCCCUCAACCAGGCCGGAGAUCUCAAGGCCAUGCUCCACUGGUAUCAGUUGCAGGGAGGAAGAGCCUGAGGACGACAUCGAAGAACUCCUCCCAGGCGUAGUGUACCACACACAACCCCUCAUACAACCAUACCCGCCGCCUCAAGCGAAGGCCGAGCGCCUCAUUGGAGACCCCGACGUGCCGGUCGAAGCCACCUACAUCAAAGAUGACGAAUAUGGACCGUGCAGUGUCUCAUGUGGAGAAGGUUGGAGAAAAAAAGAAGUACAUUGCAAGAUAUUCCUGGAGUUCAGUAGGACUAUAGCGAAAUUACCGGACAGCAAAUGCAUGGGACCGAAGCCAACGGAGGAAACUGAGAGAUGCGUGAUGGAACCUUGUUCGUUGGCUUAUGGGACUUCCUUUGGGGAUUCAAGCGUGCCUGCGUAUGGUGGAUCUGACAGGUCACUGACCUACGGCACGUCGAGCAACAUCAGGGUGGCACCAGGGUCACCCGGCAAGUCCUACUCUUGGAAGGAGAAGGGGUAUACCAGCUGCAGUGCGUCCUGUCUCAGUGGUGUUCAGGAGCUUAUAAUCCAGUGCGUGAGAGAUGAGGAUGGGAAGAACGCGUCGCCUUACAUGUGUGACCCGCUCACCAAGCCCGAGAACCGAGUCAGGACUUGCAACGACCAUCCGUGUCCACCAAGAUGGAACUACACUGACUUCUCCCAGUGUACAAAAUCCUGCGGUAUCGGUAUACAGACGAGGGAAGUUUCGUGUAUUCACGAGGUGACACGCGGAGGCACGAACACCGUAGUCGUACCAAACAGCAUGUGCCCACAGCCACCUCCGCCAGACCGCCAAUACUGCAAUGUCCUGGACUGCCCCGUCCGCUGGCAUACAGGAGAAUGGUCAAAGUGUUCCAAGACUUGUGGAGGGGGAAUAAAGACGAGAGAUGUUGAAUGCAAGCAAAUAAUGGCCCAGUCCCACGUGGUGGAGCGGCCUGUGUCUUUCUGCAACUCUCCUAAGCCCGCACCCACGAAGUCCUGCAACAGCAGACCUUGUCUUUUGGACACAUCGGCGCCAGAAAUCCAGCUGGAUAACUCUUCUUACAUACAACAUGAUCCGAAGAAAAAGAAGGUGACGGUGAAAGUGGGGGGUUCAGCCACCGUGUUCUACGGGACGCAGGUGAAGAUCAAGUGCCCCGUCAAAGGCUACAAUCGCACCAAGAUCCAGUGGGCGAAGGACCACCAGAUCAUCACAAAAUCGAAGAAGUACAAGAUAUCGAAAAAGGGCGCUCUUCGCAUAAACUCCCUAUCGCUCCGAGACCACGGCAUCUACACGUGCGUUGCUGGCCGCUCCAGCGCCAACCUGACGUUGCUUGUCAAGCCACGGCCAGGGGAAUUCCCGUCCAGCGAGGAGAUAGAGCGGCAUAAGGCGCUGGAUGAACCGUCAUCACCAUUAGCUGACAGCAGAACCGAUGGCCGCUACCGGGCCAUGGUGGGGGGCAGAUCGGACGACCAAUCCCACGAGCAACGGCCCGGCGACACUCGGAAAAGCUACAAAGGGAAACAGAAGGGUAAAAUAGACAAAAUCCGAGACGCCCUCCACAAUCCGAUGACAACAAAAGCGUCUCCCUCCUACAACUCGCAGGCCAGAGACAUUUACGACGAGAACGAGGAGAGCGCCGUCUCCUCUCAGAUGCUCCCCCCCAAGCCGAGCAGCGGCUCGCGGCUGCUGCCAUGCUUCCACUUCCUGGUCAUGCAGAUCCAGAUGUUUUGGAAUUUCCAGGGCUUCGGGAACUCGAGAGGACAACGGAUGGUGGACCCGCUAAUCAUGUACCAAAACUACGGCACCCCUAUCAAGGCCCACAUCAUAAAUUUGGAAGACAAACAAAUCGUUUUCCCUGAAGAUGAUGAUUCUGACAUUAUUAUUGUUAAUGAAGAUUAUGAUAAAAAUACCAUUGAUGAAGUUAGGGUCGAGAAUUUGAAAGAAGAUGACGAAACGACUACGGAAGUCAGACGAGUGGAAGCCGUGGAUGCCAAAGAGUAUGCGUGGAAGACGACAGACUGGUCCCCGUGCAAUGCCCCUUGUGGACAAACGGGCCACCAGGUUAGAGGAGCUGUUUGCCAGCAUAAGAAAGAGAACUCGACGACAACCGUCGAGACAGACGAAUGUCUCUCGCGCGGCUUGACGCCUCCUACCGUGCUGAUCGCUUGCUCGAGUGGCGCAUGCGCAUCGUGGAGAGCGUCGCCAUGGUCCCCAGUUCGCUGUCUCGCCAGCGGUGCUGCCAUCGUCCGACGCCGGGUGGAAUGCGUCAGUUCCAAUGGCACCUUGCUAGCUCCAGAGGCCUGCGACAUUAGCAUGCAGCCGGAGAAGACUAGGCGGGAACCACAGCCUUGCAAGGCGACUUGGGCUGUCGGGCCUUGGAGUAAGUGCAUAGGCCCUUGCAACACCCCAGGCCGUCAGCACCGCGUGCUGCGCUGCGUCUGGCGUCACAACCAAUCACAGAAGCGACGCAAGGAACGCAGCGCGGGCGCAGCUUGCGAGUUCCUCAGGCGGCCUAGCGUCAUACGGCAGUGCGACGUUGCAUGCCCGCGAGAUGGCGUCUGUCGCGACACGUCGCGCUUCUGCGAGAACGUCCGUGCCAUGAACAUGUGCGCCCUCCAGCGCUACAAGAUGCAAUGCUGCAAGACCUGUAAUUAUUAACUUAUUAGUAAAAUACGCUACACAAUUUAACAAGUACGCUGUCAGUUCGCUGACUAAUUCUAUCAGUUUGCUGACUGUAAACUUAUCGAAUGUACGUAUUCUUUUGAAACGUGAACAUGUGCGCCCUCCAGCGCUACAAACAACAGUGCUGCAAGACCUGUAAACUAUUAGUUCAAGUACACCGAAUAAUAUCAUACGCUGACUAAAUCUAUCAGUUUGCUGACGGGCAUCACUUAGCGCGGCUCUGCUAAACGAUUUGUAACCAUUACUUCAAGUAUACUAAACAUUUAAUUAGUACGCUGUCAGUUCGCUGACUAAUUCUACCAGUUUGCUGAUUGAUUUCAACUAAGACUUGGAACGAUACUAUGACGCCGAUUUCAAAUUUUAAAAGAUCACAAAAUACCUAUUGUCAUGCUAUUUGCGGUACUAUUUUAUUGAGGCUAUGAUUUUAAAUAAGAAUUGAAAUGUAAUUAAUGUGGAAUUGAAGCAGGAAUACGUUUUUAAAGAUAUAUUCAUGUGAGACGACUUUCAUUGUACCUAUAAAAAAACUAAGAAUGUAAUAAAGCUUCUGUGCGAUUAUAUAAAUUCAACAGAUCUGAUUAUUACUUUGUUUUCACUCGUAUUUCUUAUAAACAUAUAAGUUAUAGGUUACAAAGGAAAAUGCCAUUUAACUGUAAAAGUUGCACAAAUUGAAAAAAAAAUAGAUCUAGUCGUAAAGUGCACUGAUUGGAUACUGAACAAUGAAUGGAUGUAAUAUAUUUUGUAAUGAACGAAAGAAUUUCAGAAAUCAAUAUAAUUUGAUAGGAUUAAUAAAAUAACGAUUGAACAAUUAAUGUUUCAAUAUAAUAGUCCUCGAAUUGAUUAUUAUGUAAGUAGGAAUCAAAAUAUUUAGUAAAAUGUUUUGUACUAUAUAUUUAAAUAUAUGUAAAUAUAUAAUAAAUAUACAAAAGCAGCACAAUAUACCUUAUUAUGCUUAGCUCUGUCUUGAAAACGCACUAUUACAUAAGAAAAUGCAAUAUUCAUAUAGAAAAGAUAGGUAAAAUGCCAAAAUCAAUUCAAAAGCAAAUUGUUUAUGAGUGCAGUUGUUUCUACAUUAUAUAGAAAAUAAUUAUUAAAUGUCAAUUUAGUAAAAUUAAUUUAAACUUAAGCUGUCUUUAGAUGACCUUGUUAAGGGCAUUAUGUAUGUAGUUAAGCAAAUGUUUAACAUAUUUAAUAUGUAUAUUGAAAAUUUAUAAACUAGCAAUUAUUCUUUAUUAUUGAAAGCAAUACGAGUCGCUUACAUUAAAACAUGUAUAUAUUACCAUUAUUAAAGGUAUGACCUGUGGAAUAGGAAAUUGUAAUAAUCAAUUUAAAUUUCAACUAAGUACUUUUUUUUCAUAUUGGUUGGAACCGUCUUGAAUAAGGAAAAUGUAAUAAAACUUAAGUUUAAUAAGUUUCAAGAUUAGUUUAUUUUCUCAGUUUUCACUCAAUCGGGAAACUAAAAUGAUUCUAUUGUGAGUGUGAAAUAUGAAGGCGGUUCCAAAAAAAUUAUAAUUUAACACUUAUAAUUAUUUUACUGACUUAGGAUAUGUAUUCAACGACUCCUUGUAUACUUAAGGAUAUAAUUUUUCUUUAAAUAUGCUAUACAGUAUUAUAAAAAUACGAACUAUUAGGUAAAACAAUUUGUUGUCAAUUGUUACACGCAUUAUCUUAAAUGUAAAUAUAUAGUUAAAUAUAUUAUGAUUCGUGAGGUCAUGUAAUGCACAUAUUUCAGCUAUUGUUACUUGUAUGUUUUCAAAAUCAGCAUACCGUAGCGACGAUUUAUUUUUAACAGCAAUACAUAUUCAUAAACUUGAGUAGGUUGUGAAAAAGUAAAGCCAACUAUGGUGCAAAACAGUCAGCAGCAGAAGUUGCUAAAGGGGUCAGAUUUUCAAAAUGAUCUUCACGCGACUUUAUUGUUAAGAGAAUAAGAGCAUGUCAAUGUAGUUUUGAACGCUCGCUUAUCAACUUCUGCUGCGAACUGUACGCAAUUAAACCUUCUACAUGUGGAUUAUUAACCACAAUCCCUUCUUUCCACGCUUCAAGCGGUAGACCAACAGAUGUGCAGUCUCCAAAAAGUUGCGAAAAAGCUCGGUUUCAGAAAAUGUUUACAGAAACAAGAAAACUAUCAUUUUUAAGAUUGAAAAUUUCUAUCCCCAUUUAUAGUUAUAUGAAAACUUUCCGAUUUUUUUCUAUCUGGAACACAAAAUUUUCAGAUAUAUCGGAGCGGUCAAGGCGCUCACAAAUAUCUGAACAUGCCUCUAUUGUCAAGGCGUGUGUGCGGGUUGAGAUAUUUUUGAGCAGCUUGGCCGCUCGGAUAUAUCUGCUGGCGACUUUACUUGGGUAAGUCCGAAAAUGGAUUCGACUUUGAUUGAAUUAUAGGUGAUUUUCGGAAUUACUCAAAGCGGAGUUGCAUAAAUGUUCCCUAUUUUUUUUGUUUAUGCUAGAACCACAACAUACCUCUGUCUGAAUGUUGCGCAAUGUUGAAUAGUAUUUUUGUUUAAGUCCCAUUGCAUAAGUCCGAAAUUGUACAUUGUACCGAAAUUUUCAAAUAUGAAUAAAAUAUAUUAUAUAAAUAAGUUACUUAAA